AUGUUCUCCUUGUUAAACAACUGGGUGGAGUCCGCGGCCGACGCUGUCAAGAGCGUCUCUAGCAAAGGCAUCGACGCAGUCCGACAAACAGGCGUGCUGGACGCUUUGGAGAGCGUGUCGGUGAACCCCAACUCGGCCGCCGCGGCCGCAGCACCGCAAGAAAAGACGCUGAGCGUGCCGGACAUCAUGACGCCGCCUGCCACGUGGGCAGGCAGCGAGGAGGAGUGGGUGUGGUGCGUGGAGGCUGCUUUGCGUGACCCCAAUACUUGUGCCCUAACCCCAGCUACCUUGCGCGUCGAUGCCUCGCUGUGGGAGGAGAUGAAGACGACCGUCGCGCACCUCCUCGACGCCCCGCCAUCGCCUGGAAAAAACGACUUGUCAGCGCCCACACCAACGGCUAACAGCACCGAAGCGUCAGCGGCUCUGGCUGUGAAAUUGCUCGAACGGACCGGUGACCCGUACACCCCUGCCGCAGACCUGGUGAAGUACAUUCAAGAGCAUUACGACGUGUAUCGGGUGCGGUCCUACAUUGUGCCGCGCUUCACCUCGGACGACGACUACUGGUUGAACAUUGGAUGGCGCAUCGACUUAUACCGGCAGUGCACCAACGCGGGGCAGCUCUUGACAUUGAUGCAGACCCUGUCACGCCUGCCGCAGCCGUUGCGCGAUAUUGUCGCGGCGGCAAGGAAACCCGCAGCGCCCAAGUCUGAAGCGGUUGGAAGCGCGCAACAUGGAGGCGGCGAUGCCCCCCAAAAUGACGAUGAGGAUGAAGACUGCGAAGAAGAGGUAAUUCAUCUGAAGGACAGCACAAAGUACUGGCACAAUAUCCGCAUGCAGUACGAGGUCAUCCAGGAAAAGUUCGUGUGGCUGCGGGAAACCGAAGAGCGGGUCAGGAAGGAGAUGGAGCUGGCGGGCGGGAACGUGAAGCUGCUAAGCAGUCUCAUACAGCGGAAGGAGGCGUCGACGGCCCUCGGCGCCUCGGUGUUCGACAGCUGCCAGUACCACAAGGUGAAGCUGUCACGGCUCAUCGCGGACAUCUGCGCUGCCCCCGCGGAGCACAGUGAGGGCACCCUGCUGGACUCACACUCCGGCACACUGUUCCACGCGCUGGUCAAGUGCAACGACUACGUCAAGGCAGUUCUCGAAGCAUAUGCUGACCGCCCACCCAGUGGUUCUGGAAGCCCCAAGGGGGUAGUGUCAUCCCCCACAGCGGCGGCACCGCCGUCUGCGAAGCAGGACUCACCUGCCCAAUGUAAAGACUCAUCCACGGAGGCAGGUACCGCGGAAGCCACCACGUCAGCCCUGCCAAAACCCUCGGAUACUGGUGGCAGCAGCCCCGUUGAGCUGAGGCUAUCCGCCAGCGACAGUGCUCUUGACCCCGACAACAACAAGGCUGACGGCAGUGGCGAGGAGUCGUUCGAGGCAAAGCUGCCGUGGUCGAUGGACAACUGA